AUAGUCAUUGCUAUAUUUAAAGAAUCUUAGUAACACAUUAUUUUUAAAAAGAUAAGAAUGACUAUAAAAGAGCAAGCCCCCCCAAAAAACAGUAGCUCAGUCUCCGUCUUAAAACCGAUGUAACACAAUAAUUAUAAUAUCUAUAACUCGGUGAGUCCGGGAGAGAUUACUAGAUAGUUUAUUAUAAAAGUUCAUUAAUAAUUAUAAGAUUAAGAUUGAAAAUGAAAUAAUAAAUACUAAGUUACUAAGACUACUUAAAUAUGUCAUAAUAUAUCAUAUAUAUAUAUUAUAUAUAUAUAUAUAUAUAUAUAUAUAUAUAUAUAUAUAUAUAUAUAUAUAUAUAUAUUUUUUUAUAAAUUUUUUUAUAUAUAUAAAUUAUAUAUAUAUAUAUAUAUAUAUAUAUAUAUAUAUAUAUAUAUAUAUAUAGGCCUUUACUUUACUAAACUUUACUAUAUAUAUAAAGUGAAUGUUUGUUUAUGGCUGGAUUUUUCCCACGGAAUGGAACUCCCCCCUAUAUUAUAUAAAUUUUAUAGACUACGAAAAGACCUUUGAUAGCCUGGACCGACAAACCUUGUGGAAACUUCUUCUACACUAUGGAGUACCAGGGAAACUAAUCGGGAUCAUUCAGAGCUCUUAUGAAGAAAUGACAUGCAGGCUGGUCCACGAAGGUAGACUCACACUCACAGAUUCCUUAACAGUCGAAACAGGAGUCAGACAAGGAUGUCUCUUGUCCCCAUUUCUAUUCAUCCUUGCCAUUGACCGGAUAAUAAAAAAAUCCACAGACAAAAAGAGGAAUGGGAUACAGUGGACACUCUGGGAACAACUGAAUGAUUUAGACUUUGCAGACGACAUUGCACCUCUGUCCCACAACCAGCAACAAAUGCAGGAAAAGAAAAAAGACGUAGCCACCAUUUCAGCACAGCUUGGACUCAAUAUAAAUAAAAGCAGGACAAAAAUCAUGAAAGUAAACUCACCCAACCAAGAGCAUAUUUGUCUGGAAGGAAAGGCACUGGAAGAAGUGGAGUCCUUCAAUUACGUAGGCAGCUCCAUAGACACAAAUGUCGGAUCCGAUACGGAUGUAAGGGCCAGAAUUGGAAAAGCUAGAUCAGCAUUUGUGCUAUUAAAGAAAAUAUGGGAGUCGAAGGAGCUGAAACUGCAAACCAAAGUCAGAAUCUUUAAUACAAAUGUUAAAACAGUCGUACUAUAUGGUGCAGAAACUUGGAAAACAACAGUGAGCCUUAUGCAGAAAUUGCAGACAUUCAUAAACAUGUGCCUUAGAAAGAUCCUGAAAAUCAAAUGGCCAAAUACUAUCAACAACAAAGAUCUACUAGAAAGGACAUACCAGGUGCCCAUUGAUGAAGAUAUCAUAAAGAAAAGGUGGAGGUGGAUAGGUCAUACGCUCCGAAAACCCCCCGAUAGCACCACCAGACAAUGCCUAACAUGGAACCCCCAGGGAAAAAGAAAGAGAGGAAGGCCUAAGAAUACAUGGAGACGCAAGUUAGAGGCAGACACGCAAAAUAUGAUAUACACCAGGAAGCAAUUGGAAAGGAAAGCACAGAACCGUGAUGAGUGGAAAGUUCUUGUAGAUGGCCUAUGCCCCUAACGGGUUAAAAAGGCAUAAGUAGUAAGUAAGUAAGUAAAAUGAAAAAAAGGAUAUUUCAUCCUGAAAAGUAGUGAAAAGGUCGGAAAAGGAGAAUUAAAAAAAAAAAUUUUAAUAAGUACGUUUCGAAAUUAAACUAAAUUUUCCAAAUUAUUUAAGAUAUAAAUAUAAUUAUAAAUGUUUAUUUAAGUUUAUUAAACUUUAUUCUGAAGUCAGUAAACAAAUAUUCUUCAAAUAACUACAUUCUACAACUACAUUCAUUAAUAAAUAAUACCUUUUGAGUUGACAUUAAUUAGGUUUUUAAAAAUACUUCUCAGAGCUAGCUACAGUUAGGUAUUUUGACAAAAGUUCUUCAUUUUUUAAGACUUUAAGAGGUAACUAUAAGUAUAAAUAUCUGAACAAGUCAUAAUAUUCUUGAAAUUGUACGUUAUUGCUUUCAUGUUCUCCUUUUGGACUGGCAACCCUUAUUUAGUGAAUUAGUCACCAGUUCUAGUAAUUUAUUAUGGGCAGGGGUAUUUGACAAUAAUACCUAGUAGGCCUAAAAACACAUUUUUAUAAUAAUUUAAUUAUAAUAACUGGGACAAUAUUUAUUCUGAUGCCUUUCCAAAAAAUACUAUGCAUUGGGCUAAAAAUGUUGCCUCUCAGUAUAGAGAAAAAAAGUGCCACCUGGGGUGGACCAUCCCCUCUUCCCUACCCUUCUUACGCCAGUGUGCCAGAGGCGCACUCUUUUAAGUGCGCUGCCUAAGACACACACACGAAAAUAUCAUUUUAAUAAAAAUCUAACAAACCCUAUUAACAUUAAACCUUGAAAGGGGUCCCCUUGGUUCAUCACUGCUUUCAAACUUAUAUUAUAGUUUGAGUUACCAGAUAAGUUUGUUAAUCCUUAAUUAAAGUCAGUUGCUAAGUUAGCGUAAAAAAUAAUUUUUUAAUUAAAAAAAAAAUUUUUAAAAAAAAAAAAAAAAAAAAAAAAAAAAAAAAAAAAAAAAAAAAAAAAAAAAGUAAAUUCAGCCUUUAAAAAAAAAAUUGUAAUUAUUUUAUAAUACAGGCAGUAUAGGCGGUGCUAUGUUAUAUGUUAGCUGUCAUUUUUACUUAUUAAAGGACUUGCAUAAACUUUGAACAUUUUAGCUUUAUCUCAAAAAUUUAUUUUAAAAUUUAAAAAUUGCUAAGACAAAAUAUACAAAAAUAAAUAGUUAUCUUUAAUUAGAAUCCUAAAUAAAAUUAUAUAUUUUAAUUCAAUCUUUUGAUACUGAUUUUCGUUCCUGAAAUUAUUUGUAAAACAAACAUUCGUAAAUCAAGAACUGCAUGUACCAGGUACAAAAGAAUAAUUUCUAAAUAUAAAUAAUAUUGGUGUUAUUGUUACUAAAAAUGGUGUUGGAAUGUGGGGGAUUCUAAGUUCAAGGACUUAAUGUUUUUUUUAUUUCACAGCAACAUUAACAUUUUAUAGAAGCUGAGAUAGACAUUGUUUACAUUGAUUUAAAAUGUCAAAUGAUGGAAUGGAUCGUUUCCUUCAGAGAAUGAGAAGGUAGUUUAUAGUUAAUUUGUGAUUUUAUUCCAUUUUUUUAAUUUAAAAAAGCAACACCACCCCCCUCCCCUUUUUCCAGCUUUAUGACAACUGUGAUGUUGAAACUGAUUAAUUUUGUUUGACUACACAAAUUUCACACUUAUAUUUAGGUCUACUGAAACUGAAAAUCUGUUUAAUUUGUAAAUGCUUACAUUUUGUAUUGCCAUUGCACUUUAUUGUAAAAAUAAAAUGAUGAUUGCAUUAAUGAGUGUAUUAAUAUUAGCUGAUUAAAAAUAAUUAUAGUUUUAAUCAUCAACACAUUAGUCAGACUCAUUUUUAGAAAUUUUUAAACAUUUAAUUUUAUAUGUGUUGUCAUUAGUGAUCUGAUGUUUGAACUGCGCAAAAUUGAACAUGGUGAACGACCAGUGACAGGCCAGAAUCAUCGAGCCAAUAUUCAGCACUUUAUGGAAAAACAUGUAGUAAUUGAGCCAAAUGAAAUAGCAGAUGGAAAACACAAAAUUCCUUUACCUGAAGACAGCACUGUAAAUCAUCGCCCAGAAUCGAUAGUUGUUGAGGUAGGAAAAGAGUUCUUUUACUUUUUUUAAUGAAAUACCUUGCAGAUGAUCUUAAUAUUGCUUCUCACUACUUAGUUUUAAAAAAAAAAUUGAUGAACAACAUUUCUUUUUAGGUGGACACACAUCAUUUUGUUCAUGCUGAUGUGGGUCACUGUCAUGGUUACCUAUAAAAAAAGCAGUCUUUAAAAUUUAUUUCACCGUUUAUUUAAAAGUAAUUUAAUUAGAUUUCAUAGCCAAUAAACUGAGUUGCAAAACAAAAAUCUUAAAUAUUUGUUGGCUUUGUUAGACCAUUUUAAAAAGAACAAUAUUAUUUAAGUAACAAAUUUAUAAUUUGUUUGGAGUUUAUAAAAAAUUUGACCCACAGUUGCCCAUAUAAUAUAGUAUAAUAUAUAACUUAAUUGCUAUGGGAGAAAAACGGGCAGCGUGGUUUGCUUUUAGGUAAUAUCUUCACUCUCCUUAUUUAAAAAUUCAAUAAUCAGAAUAUAACCAUAAUGGUUACCGGAAAUUUUUUUGAAAGAAAUUUCGUCAACGGAAAAUUGAUCGAUGGAAAUUCGAUCAUACGGAAAUUUGGUAGAAUCUUUUUUUUCAGUUCACACAUUAAAAUUUUGUGUCAAAUUUCUUUUUGAAUGCAUUAUUUUGUUUUACUAUAUAGUAUAGUGCGUUCAAAAAGAAAUUUGACGAAAAUUUUAAAGUGUGAACUGAAAAAAGAUUUGACCAAAUUUCUGUUCGAUCAAAUUUUCAUUGACGAAAUUUCUUUCACACAUAUUUCUGGAUACCAUUAUCAAUGACUUGUUUGAGGAGCCCAUGAAUAAAAUCCCAAAAAUUGAACAGUUUUACAAAAAUUGAUAUUUUACCUAUAAAAAUCAAAUUUGAGCCACUCAAAAAUUUGAAGCAUAGGAUUUAUGUUAACUACAAAAUGUUAAUAAUGAGACUAGUUAUUACUUCUCACAAAGAAUCUUCUCAAUUCUAGUACAUUGUUUAUAAACUAAAGGCAAUUUGAUCACUUUGAGGAGUCCUGAAGCAACAGUACAUGAUAGUUUGAAUUAGUCCCUUUGUUAUAGAGUUUGUUAAGACCAUUACCGUACUAAUCUAAUGCUUCUUUCUUGAACUUAAAGGUUCAAGGAAUCAUAGAGCAAAGACCAGUUUCAUCAAUUCUGCAAUCAGCUUCCUUCAGAAGGCAACUAGAAAAUGUUAUUCGAGGAACAAUUCAACAUGCAAGAAGAGAAACCUCCAGGAAUGCACCAUUAAAUCUCCCACAGAGCACUUCUGCUUCAUCAAUACCUGCAAGGAAUCGUGGCCAUGAACAAUCCAGGAAUCCUACACCAGGUUGAUGUUUUGAUGCAUUUUUAAAAUUAAUUUUUAUUUAAUCUUUAUCCCUGUCUGUGUCCCCUACUAAAAUAUCACCCAAGCUUAUAUUCUUUUCUCUACCCCUUGCGUGACCUAGAGAUAGAAACCGUAUCUAAUGGACCCAACGGACCCUUCCGACAGCUUCUCAUUUGUACUCUGUUAAAGGAUCUUUUAUGAACCUAGCUACUAGAAAAAAGUUUGGACUUAAGUAAAAAGAACAUGAAACUCGGAUAAUUAUGCCAGAUGAUAUCUUUUCCUUCCACACUGACUUAUUUAUAAACUCUUUUCAUAUACUUAACUUUUUAUUCAGAGCCAUUUAACCCAACGUCACAUGAAAGACCUCAGCUGGUGAGACAUGAAAGCACUGAAUCCAUUGAUAGCUUUUCCAGUGCAAUCAGCAACUUUGAUCAAGGUAUGACAUUGUUGAAAGCUAUAAAAAAAAAUUAUUUUUGGUGUUUCUACAUAAUAUAUUAUUUAAAGAAAAUCUUGACUUAAAAUCUUCUUCACUUUGGGGCUAUCCAUAAAUAACGUUCCACAGAUUUUGCCUAUUUUUACAACGAAGUGGCUAUUCGGACCCGGGUCCCAUUAGCCAAAAUCACUAUUCGGACCCGACUGAUCUCGUGGGGUUCAUUUUCCGUUGAUCAUGUGACGGUUACACAGCGGCAAAAAUGUCCCAUUGGCCUGGUUUUAAGAUAUGCCAGUUAAAGAAGAACUUGUGUGGUCUUGUGGUAGAGUGGCCGCUUGACCUUAUUAUAUUUUGAGGAUCAAUUCCCAGCAUGGGAUUGAUUUUUUUUCCUUUCCCAUUUUAAUUAAAAAAUUAAAUACAAAUAUUUUAUAUUAUAUUUAUAUUAUCAUGUUCAUCUAAAUUAAUGAAGGAUUUAAUCUUACUAAUUACAUUAAUAUUAUUACUUUUCUAAAAGUCUAAUGAAAAUAAAUUUAUCUCUUUUUAUCUUAAUUACUAGAUAUAAAUAAAAACCUUGAUCUACGAACAUGGCUUAAAAUUAAAGAAAAUUAGAAAAAAAAACUGCCAAGAACUUUAACAAAGCAAAAAGAAAAAAAAAAAGAAAAAGAAUAUAACUGUGAAUCUAUGAAAUAACAAUGAGAAAAAAAAAAAAUUAUUAUACUACUACUGCACCCGGGUCCGAAGCCAUUUAAUCUAUAUAGAACCACUCCGGGUCCGAAUAGCCAUUUUGUCUACAGGGACCCGGGUAGCCGCAUCCUUUUUACAACCCCCCUCACCCCCCUCCCCCACCCAGUCGUUUGAAAACAUCACAUAAAGUUAGACCUCCCCACCCGUAUAAUGUCACAAAUCUCUGCACACACACACAAAAAUCCCUCUGUCCACAACUGUCCUUUGCAAACCCUUAAUUAAGUCAUCUCGUUUGGAUAUUGAAUUACUUCACCAGUGUCAGAAACAUUUAUCUAGAGCAGUGGUUCUUAACCAGGGGUGAAAGCACCCCCUGUGGUGGGGAAGACGCAGAAAAUUUUAUUUUCUUCCAUUGUUAUUGGUUCCUGUCUUAAAAAAAAAUUAGUAUUUUUGCAUCUUGAUUAGCAGCCGUAAAUGGUUUUUCUGGUGACUAUUGUUUGCACAUUACUUGUAUUGGUAUUUUUUUUUCUUGUUUCUAGAAAGUUAAAUAAAGAAAUAGACUCUAAAACAACAAUUGAUGACACUAUUUUAUUAUUUUCAUUUUUACAUUUGAUUACAAUAUAAUUUAUACGGAGAGUGGGGGUGGGGGAGCACAUGUUGUGGGUUAUUUUGCCAUCUCACUUCACUUCGUUGGUAGCCUUAAUUCUAAGCCUCUUGUCCCACAAUUCGAAAUAAAUUCUUACGAUUGUCAAAGACACUACACCCUGAUUCUCCUCCUUGAUAGCGGCCUAUAAUUUGAUCAGGUGUCAUUUCUCGAACCUCCCACACAUGCCCUGAUUCUUUCAGUAGUUUAAAAUAAAAUAAUUCUUGUAUAAUAGAAUGUUAUUAAGUGCAAAUUUUUUCAAGAAUAUUCUACUUUUAAUGUGACAUCACAUUGUUUAACCCCCUCCCCCUCAAAACAAAUCACAAAAAUAUGACACCACCCCCCCCCCUUCCCGUCACCCAGGCGUGUGACAUCAUUUACGGAUGGCCCCUUUUGCAAGCUUACCAUCACCUCCCCUCCAUUCAUCUUAUUAGACACCAGAUACAGGCAAAAAAUAAAAUAAUUCUUGUAUAAUAUAAUGUUAUUAAGUGCCAAUUUUUUCAAGAAUAUUCUACUUUUAAAGUGACAUCACAUUGUUUACCCCCCCCCCCCUCAAAACAAAUCACAAAAAUAUGACACCCCCCCCCCCCCCUCCCGUCACCCAGGCGUGUGACAUCAUUUACGGAUGGCCCCUUUUGCAAGCUUACCAUCACCUCCCCUCCAUUCAUCUUAUUAGACACCAGAUACAGGCAUUUUAUAGAAAAUUAAAAAUGUUAAAAUAGAUAACAAUUUAUCAUCAUAAUUCAUCAUAUUGCCAUAGCGCCCCCAUAUGUCAUUAAAGUUCUGUCAGAACCAAAACUAUCAUCAGAGAUGAAAAUGGAGUUAUAAUAAUAUUAAGUAAUAAAAAAAUAGACAAAAAUUAAAUUAUUAACAUCUCAAAAUUUCUAGUACUUGCGCCAGGCCUCUAGACCAGGGUCUCCAUAAGGUAUACAGCCUAUGGUCCUAAUCCCGUUUUGUAAGGCCUGCCAGCUAACAAAGAUUUUACAUUAUUACAAAUCUGUAUAAACUAUACAAUUUUCAAAGUAUGUGUUACUUGAUGAUUAUCUGCUUUGGCAGAAUGCAGUUAUCAGUCUUCAGAGUUUCCGCCAAUGGUAUUACCCUUCUACAAAACACUACUGUCUCAUUUAAACAGACAUUUUCAGACGAAUGACUGAAAAAUAAUUGUAGAUAUCUGUAGAUAUCAAUGCUUCAAUGAUAUAUCAUUACAUAACCUUACUCGAGGUUAGUUACAUACAACAAUACCAAUAGUGCAUGAACCAUCUCCCUGCCUCUGUCACAUCUAAUGCUUUUAGUGUUAACACAAAUCUGAAAGGCCAAUUUUUUAUCCCCUGCCUCUAAGAAUUAUCUCCCCUCUCCCCAUUCCGCCCUCUGUGCGUCAAGGCAAAAUUAAGCUCCCAUCUCCUUAAGUAUGGCUAUUGGCCUGCAGUGACUGAAAUAAUUACUAUUUAUACAUUUUUCAACCUCUACUCUAUACCAUAGAUUACAGCUAGGUGUCCAGCCCUAUGAAAAAAAAGUGAAGGAUGCACCCAAGAUCCCCCUCCCAAAAUAAUCUAUUUAUUAAAUAGCACAAACAAAAAUACAGGAAGCUGUUCUCAGGUAUUCCUGCAGGACUCGACCCUUGAUAACAGCACAUGAUAGCAUAAACACACACAUACAUAUUUAUAUUUGCUUUUCUGAGGCAGCAGCUUACAGAUAUAUUUAUUUUUCAAAGAUUUUAUCAGUGAUCAGGAAGAUGAAGUAGAUAGCCCUUCACCUGAAGUAGCUCACAGACCGUCACACUUGCAACAGAGUUUUGAGAGAGUAGCUACUCCAGCUCCAGAGACACAGAAUUCACAUAGAAAUGCCAGUUCUCAACAAGUUCCUUUACAAGAAAGGCAACGUGUGGUGCAGCAUGAAACGUAACUUUUUUUUUUUUGUUUUUUAAAAAAGCCUAGUCUCUAUAAAGAUUAUGAUUUGAACUGAAAUUUUAUUUUCUUUGCAAAUAAAGUUUUGUUUAAUAAUUUAUUUAAAUUUCAUUUUAAUUCACUGUUUCAGAAUUGGUUGGAAUGAAAUCAACCGCAUUCAGAGAGAUGAACUUGUUGAGGAAAUUAGUGAAUUACUGCAUAAUCGCCUUGUUUCUUCAACAUUGGAUGGCGAGUUUCGGGCAAGAUUGGAAUUGCAUAUGCAGGUAUGCUGAGGUAGUUUUAAAUAACUUGAUGGAAAAGAGGUUUUUUUUAGGCGAGUAUUAUACUUUAGGUUAAGGAAGCAUUAAACUUUUGUUUCAUAAUAAAGGAAAAUAAUUCUUUACAGUGGAGAUUGGAUUUCAUUCAUUAAAAAAAAUAUUUUCAUAAAGGACAUACAUUUCAUUAUAUGAUUUUAAUAAAUAGGAUCGUGUGGCAUCAUCCGGUACAAAUGGUCAAGCUGUUGAGGAGUUCAUCCAGAGACUUCCUCGGACUGGUGUUCCCCGGAAUGAUUUCUCUCACUUGGGAAUCCCUCAGGUGGCUGAGAAUGAACAAUGGGACAAUAUUUCCGUGACCAGUGUGAGCGCACACUCUGUUCCUUAUGUUCAGGUCUGUAAUACUUUUGAAUGGAAUGACAAUAUUCCUCUUUUUAAAAGUGAAAAAACUGUUAAUUAAUACCUGCUUGUUUGUAAACGUUUCUUCAUUUUAAUCAGCUCAAAUUCAUUUUGAGAAACAGUUCACUUCUUCUGAUGGCUUUUACAGUGUACUAAAAUAAAGAAUUUUGAAUUAUUUGGAAAUGUGAAAUUAUCUUUAAUUAAAAAAAAUAAAAUUAUUUUAUCUUUAACAGACAAACACCUAUUUGAGUAGAGAAAUCCAGGGCUUGAAGUCACAAAUGAAUGAGAUGAAAAAUAUGUUGAAGUUAACAUUUGACCUUCAGAUGGACAUUCAAAGGGCCAUAAGACAGGAAGUGGCUGCUGCUAUGAAUAAUAUAACAGGUAUAAGCUAGGCCUCAUCAUUAUUUCAUACAUGUCAUAAGUUUGACAGCUUUUGGCUCAGAGGUCUCAAACUCAUGGCCGUGGGUCAUUUGCGGCCCGCAGACGAUAUUUUAUGGCCCGAUGCAUGACAGCAAAGUUUAGUGUUUAUGCGGCAUGUGCUUUUCACCAUUCUCAUAUCUAUAAUGUGACCCUCCGCGACUGUUUCAGUCCAAUCUCACCGACUAGUCUAAUUCUGAUUUUAAUUAUGGUUCUAUAUAGGUUUGAAUGUUGAUUAUUAUGGUAAAACCCGUUUUUUCAAAAUCGGACUAAAAGUUUUUAUUCAAUAGAAUUUUAUGAGACAAACAUGGCCAAAGUGUGGUUUUGAGAAAACAUGCUUGGAAUAGUGAGUCAGUUUGUGGGUAAUGCACAACCAUUAUUGUAUAUAUCGUAGCAAUUUGACAUAGUAUCAAAGAAUCCCUAUUAAAAUAAACCGUUAGUGUGCACGAGUGACAAGUGAGGGAAAUUCCGAGCCUGUCAGCUUGGUCCCUUUCAAAAUAGGGUUAUUCAAAAAGGCCUUUUCUAUGAUAAGGCUCACAGGUUUGCGGACUUCACAACACACAGCCAGUUUUCAAGGAGGAAGUAAGUGAAGCCUCCUAGUUCUUGAGAAACCUUCAUGUUUUUUAUUUGGUAUUAAUAAACGUUGAACAGAUUGUAACAGUUUCACUUUAUUGAAUUUGUAAUCGCUUCUUUGUGGAACACUUGAUGUGGCCCAAUCUCACUUAGAUUCUACCUCCUGCGGCCCCUGGAUAAUUUGAGUUUGAGACCCCUGUUUUAGCUAUUUAAAAAAAAAAAAGAUUUACUAUAAUAAUUUAUUUUACUCUAUGUAUUUCAUAAGGGGCUUGUUUGGUGAUUUGGUCAAGCAAUUUCUUAUGGCUGUUGUAUAUGAGCCAUAUAGAAGGGUGAUAUGUCUGUAUAUCUGUAGAUAAGUGGGGAAAUGCCUUGAGUGUUUUUGUAGGCAACCAAAGGCACUGGUGCCCUUGGCUAGACGGUUUAAAUCUCAGUGUGCAGUAAAUAAAUAGUGUAACAAGAUAUGUUAAAGCUUGAAAAAUAGACACAACACUUAAUCUGAAUUUUCGGCUAGAUAUCUUAACAAGGUAAUAAACAAGUGCAUACAAAUAGUAGCAGUCAUUUGUCAAGAUUGAUACACUAUUAAUCUAUAUCUUUUAACAAGGAUUUUUGUUAGCCAUGCUGCUCCCCAAGUAUGUAAACUAAUCAAAUGUAGUCACUCAUUGGUGCCGAUUUUUGGGGCCAUAUCAUUAAUACACUUUACCGAUAUCUGGAACCAGGCUACAGUGAUUUCCGAUGAUUGAAUAUUUUUGUAGCGGUUGUGUCCAUGCUAAUUUAGCAUGCUCUCAGCACUCUAAUGUUCUAAAAUCCAUUUAAAGCAAGAUGUUUUUAAAAGUUUCUUAAAUCAGUUUCUAUCAUUUUCAAUUUCCCUGAAAGAUUGAGGCAAACUGUUCCCCAUAAAUUUGUACCUACCAAAUACUGGUUUGGAUAGAGUGUGCCUGUCAGUCUGGCGCCUUUAUAUAUAUAUAUAUAUAUAUAUCCUUUCUAUUAUUAGCCUCCUUGGCUUUAUUUAGCAUGAAGCUUAAGAAGAUUGCAAACCACACUCCUGCUUGAACUUAUUGUUUAUUGCGAAAUACUCUGAGAAGAUACAAUUGUCUUUUUAUUCUGCAUUUGGGUUUUCAGUGAGAUACUGAAAAGUACAGCCAGGAUUUUUGCGUGGCAUCCCAGUUUUUAUAAAAAUUCUCCGCAGCCCAUUAUGGCUAUCAGUGUCACAGACCUAUGUAACAUCUCCAAUGCAACGUCCUGCUUUGCAAAUGAAACACUGCUUGCAUCUUUUGCACAUUAAUUCAUCAAUUAUUUUAUGAUUUGAUUGUAGACCUAAAGCCUCCUGAAUUUUAAAAAAUAUUCCUGAGGAAGUGUAAUUGCUCUAAAUGUGAUUGAAAUAACCUGUGAUUGAAACUUUGGUGCCAAAAUAUGAUUUAAAAACAGCUAGGAGGUGUUGGAAAUUCAUUAGAAAUACACAAAUAGGAAACAAGGCUUGAGAAAAAUUUGGAGGUGGGGUGUGGGGUGUUAAUGUCACGGCUUAUGAUAAUUUAAUGUUAAUUUUUUAUGCUAUUGCAAAAAUUAAAAAUUUGAAAUGUUACUUGUCUAUUCAUGAUUUUUAACUUGACUGUCUCAGGAUAAAUACAAGUUAACCUACCAUUUAAUUUUAUUGCUUUGCUGUUCAACUUAAAUUAACUUGGGAUUAUUUUUAACUCUAGCUACCAAGAGUUCUUUUUUUAUAUUUCUUUUUGUUAUAUUUUUAGGAUCAUCCCCAGUACAGAAUCGCCCAAUCAGUGAUACACACUGUCUGAUUUGUUUGGAACGUCACACAGAUACAGUUCUUUAUCAGUGUGGCCAUAUGUGUGUCUGUUAUGUGUGUGGUCGAGACCUUGUGUCCCGUGGACACAACUGUCCUGUGUGCAGGGCACCCAUCAAAGAUGUCAUUCGUGCCUAUAAAACAAAUGCUGAUUAGAGGAUUGUACAAUAAUCUCUUUAUGCUGUUUUCAGCAUUUCUUAUACCAUUUGUAUUGCGAGGAAGCUUUUCAUGUAAUUGCUUUCCUCUUCGUCAGCUAAAUACAGCUUACAAAGAGACAUGGAUAAACAAUAAAAAUGCAUUCUCUUUUCAAGGCUUUAUUUUCUAAAAGACAUUUAAUGUUUUUGAAUCCGCAAAUCUCAAAUGAUGUAAAUUUCAUUGGAACCAGUGAAAUAUCAGUUACUUUGUAAGUUAUACUGUACUUUCUCAAAUUUUGUAAAUUAUACUGUACUUUUUAAUGUAUGUUGUACUUGAGUACAAAAUUGGUGGUGUUGUGCAUUUAAUUAUUUAAGUGUGCUGAUUAUUAGUUGGUAAGACUAUAGAAUGUUGUGAUGCAAAUGUAUCUACUGUAAGUUUAAAUUUUCACCUGUGAAUAAUUUCAAAUGAUAAUUAAAAAGAAAUAAUGAGUACUAACAGUUAUUAAUUUUUUUUUAAAUAUUUAAUUAUCUACACACAUACACACAAUAAAAGCUAAAUUUUCAGAAAAAUUGCAUUAAAAUUAAAUAUUUGAAACUA